CAUGCUUUCUUUUAGCAAAAUGUCAGUUGCCGAAUGGAAUAAAUAAAAAAUAUUCCUCAGUAUUUAACUACUUUUAUUAAGUUAUUAAGUAAUAAGCAAAUCAGUACUCGUAUAUAAUAAUGGCAAAGUUCAAAUUGAAAAAGCCUUCCAAAAGGCAACCAGCCCGCCUGCGCUACAAAAUAGAGAAAAAAGUAAAAGACCACAAUAGGAAACUGAAAAAGGAGGCAAAGAAGAGCAACAAAUCCAAGAAGGCUAAACCUGUUCAGAUUCCAAAUGUGUGCCCGUUCAAGGAAGAUAUCUUGAAAGAAGUUGAAGCUGUGAAGAAACACAAAGAAGAAGAGAGGCAGAAGAGGAAAGAGUUGGCAAAGCUGGAGAAACAAAAGAAAAUGGAGGAAAAACAAAACAGCAAAGUCAGCAUGAAUUCUUUGGUAGCUAAUGCCGAAGCCCGUGGCAAAGUCCAUGAUGCAUUCAAAGGUGGUGAAGAAAAUGAUGAUGUGGAGUUUGGCAAGGACAGAAAACAAGAGAACUCACUUAAGACCUAUUAUAGAGAGUUCAAGAAGGUUAUAUCAGAGGCCGAGGUCAUUUUGGAAGUGGUUGAUGCACGAGACCCUUUGGGAACCCGCUGCACACAAGUAGAAGAGGCAGUCAGAGACGCCGGCAAACGUCUAGUCCUAGUCCUCAACAAGGCAGACUUAGUGCCCCGCACCAAUCUGUCUGCUUGGCUCAAGUAUCUCCGCCGCUCGGCGCCCGCCGUGCCCUUUAAGGCUUCCACACAGGACCAGCAGCAUAAUCUGGGGAGGAGGAAAAUGAAACAUAUUGUUAAAGAGAAGGAGAUGAAAGGAGGAGCGUGUGUCGGCGCAGAGUUGCUAAUGAGCCUCCUGGGCAACUACUGCCGCAACAAGGGCAUCAAGACUUCCAUCACAGUUGGCGUGGUCGGGCUGCCCAACGUUGGGAAAAGCUCCAUCAUCAACAGUCUGAACCGCUCCAAGGCAUGCAAUGUGGGCAGUACUCCUGGAGUCACCAAGCAAAUGCAGACCGUCCAACUAGACUCCAAGAUCAAGAUCCUCGACAGCCCGGGCAUAGUGUUCACCGCCGGAGCGGAGAGUGACUCCUCCGUGGCGCUCAAGAACGCCAUCCGAGUGGGCAGCCUUAAAGAUCCCGUGACCCCGGCGACUGCCAUACUUCAGCGUGCUAACAAAGCUACCCUUGUUGAUCUGUAUAUGAUACCAGAGUUCAGCACGCCCCAAGAAUUCUUCGCGUCGGUGGCGUCACGCAUGGGCCGCUACAAGAAGGGCGGCGUGCCCGACCAGGACGCCGCCGCCAGGAUCCUGCUCAACGACUGGAAUACUGGCAAGGUCCGCUACUACACCGAGCCUCCAGAGACUAUGGACUCGGAAAUCCACGUGGACGCCAAAAUCGUAUCAGCGGCCGGCGAGGAGUUUGACAUCAACGCCUUUGAAGCCAUGGAGACUGAGGUCAUGGACGCUCUCAACGAUGGAAACACUACUGAGGCUAUUAAGAUCACCAGCACUGGCCCAGUCAAAGCGCUAGACGAAAUGCAAGUCGACGAGGACGAAUCGAGUCUACUUCCUAAGACCCUCAACAUAAGGUCCAAAUUGAACAAAGACCAUUCCGAAGCUAAGCGUGCCAAGGUCGACCCCGAAAUGCUCCUAGAGGGCAACACCAAGCUGAACAAAUUAAGAAAACAACAGUUUAAGAAAGAUAAAAAGAAACACGCGAGGAAUGAAAAGGUGGCAGUGAAUUUAGCGGGCGUACUGGAAAAUGUCACCUUGACGUCUUUUAAAAAUACGAGUAAAAAGGACGAGUAUAACUUUAAAGAGGACUUUGCUAUGUAAUUACUUCGAAUAAAAGUUGUAUUCAAA